AUGGCGGAUUCGGCAUAUUUUGCGCAGGAGGUUGUGUUUGAAGGGUUUGAAGGGGUGGAUUUGACGGCGAAGGGGGGAAAGGCGCCGUGGAUUAUUUAUGGGGGUUCGUAUGCUGGGGCUCAGGUGGCUUUCCUCCGUGUCUCAUACCCGGAUAUCUUCUGGGGCGCCAUCUCAUCUUCCGGAGUGCCUAAAGCCAUCUAUGACUUUUGGGAAUACUUCGAAGCCGUCCGCAGAUAUGGCCCACCAGAGUGUAUUUCCACAACACAGAAAUUUGUGGACAUCGUCGACAGAAUCGUAAUGGGUCAACACAACGCAAAGAUUAUAGAAAGAUUGAAAUCAUUUUUUAAUCUGGGAAAUCUGACACACAUAGAUGAUUUUGUAUAUGUCCUCUCAUUUGGGAUAACCUAUUGGCAGGAGCGCAAUUGGGACCCGAAAGUUUCGUUGCCAAAUUUUGACUUCUACUGCGGCAACAUCACCGUGGAUGAGUUGUUGUAUAAGAAUGGAAAUUUGAGAGGGGAGGCGCAGGCGCUCCUUGCUGCGGCAGGUUAUUUUGCCCAAACGAAUGCGCUCACGAACCGGCUGCUUAACUUUGCUGGGUUUGUUAAUGUGGAUCAGGUAGUUGGUUGUAAAUCGCAUAAUCAGACGCUGGAUGAAUGCCUUGGGCAGCAUGAGCGGCCAUGGUUUAAAGAUGUUGAUCUUUCUCAAGCGGACAAUAGGUGCUGGCCCUAUCAGGUUUGCACGGAAUGGGGGUACCUCCAAGUCGGCAGCACAGUCCCCAGAGACCGAAUGCCCAUGGUUUCGCGUAUGAUCGACCUCGAGUACGCCAGCAUCAUGUGUCGGGAAGCCUUUGGCAUCUACAAGCCGCCGGAAAUUGAGCGGAUCAACAAAUACGGCGGGUUCGACAUUGAAUAUGAGCGGCUGGCUUUCAUCGACGGAGAAGCCGACGCCUGGCGUGCAGCGUCACCUCAUGCGGAUGCUGUGAGACCACGAGAAAACACCAUUGAUAAACCGUUUAUUUUGAUUGAGGGGGGAGGGCAUCACUGGGAUGAGAAUGGUUUGUUUCCAAAUGAAACAACGCCAGAUCUUCCGCCUCGACCGGUGGCAGAUGCGCAGGCUCAGGAAGUUGAGUUUGUGAAGAAAUGGGUAGAGGCCGGAGAAAAGACUAGCCCCGUUAAAGCUCCAGGAUGGGUCAUGAAUGAGUGA